ACAAUCAAAAAGCAUUUAAGUAUGUCUACUCCAGUAGGACCUGAACCAUGCAAUGUCGUUUGCCCAAGCUGCAGACAACAAGUAACCACAAAAGUUUCACACAAAGCUUCGACCAAAACGCAUAUAAUUGCGCUAAUUUUGUGUCUGUUUGUAUGCUGGCCAUGUGCAUGCUGUCUUUACUGUACUAAAUGUGCUCGCAACGCUGAGCAUCACUGCCCUUCGUGCAAUGCGUUCCUGGGAGUCUACGAACGUUGAUCAUUUACUAAUUUAGCACUAAAACAGCGGCAUUGACACUAAAGUUCAAAUGUGCAUUUUUUUACAAUUGAAACAAAUUUUGAAAAACAAUUAAGAAUUUAAAUGAACGAAAUGAGGAAAUUACACUGCUACAAAUGCUGUUAAUUUAAUUGCAACAUUCUUACAAAGCUGCUUAAAAUAAAUACUUAAAUAUAUAGUGUUUUAUUGAUAUAUGUACAUUAUAAUAUAUAUUUUAUAUAUGAUUUUAAUCGAAAAUAUUUCAUGGCUACAUGCAGAAGUGCAGUCAGUAGAAAUGAAACACUUUUUUAUACGUAUUACACAUUAUUUAGUAAAAAUUCAAUAUUUAACUUGAUACAUACUACGUCAUAAAUGGAAUUAGUUUUUUUAAAAAAAAAUUUUAUAUAAUAUAUAAGCAUUAUUUUGAAUAUAAUCAAAGUAAAUGUAUUGUCAAUUUAAUUUUUAUUUUUUGAAUCAAACAAUUAUAGAUUUUCUAAGAUGCAAAAGAAAUAAUAUCAAAAGCA